GCCAGGCAGCUGGGCUCCGUGUCACCUUCGCGCUGAGGCGUCGGUGCUUCCGUUCGUUGCUGUUACCGGCCCUGCGAGCUGCAGCCCCCUUGCCCUUUUAGGAACGCAGGUUUACCUCUUGAGAAAACCGUAUACUGGAAAUUAUUUAUUUGCUGGAAAAUUACCAUUACCUAAGGCCCAUGUAUUAAAUCGUAGGGGCUGCUCCCUUCCUAGUUUGCUGCUGUAGAUUUUUAAAAACCCGUCUUAAUUUAAAAUGUAAUUUAAGAUGGAAAAUUUAACAUGCAAACAGCCACUGAUGACAUUGUGGUAAUAAUGAAUUUAACAUUAGUGGACAAGUAUUAAGCAUGUUUUAAUGCUAAUUUUUGGGGGGAGGGAAGUUAGCUAUUCAGUGAUAGCUUUGAAGUUAAAAAUCAGUCAAUGGAUGAAAUAUUUUGCUCCCAGUGAUGGACUGCAGCUACUAUUGUUGUGUGUUGGGCCAUACAGAGCGAUCUUGUAUACGUGUUUUAUGUGUAAGUAUUUAUACUACAACUUAAAAGAACUGUUCUUGGCCAGUAACUAAUGUCGGUCGUUAGGUCGUUAGCUCUGUGGUUCUCGCUGUCUUUUACUUUCAGCGUGGCUCGGGUUCCUUGUGGGCAGGAGGCAGCAGCCACUGUGCCCUCUAGGAGGUGAUGCAUUUUCCGCUUUAACGAUAGUUAAUGAAUGAAAGAUUAUUCUGCCGCAAAGCACACAGUUUGUCUUUUAUUUCAGGUAGAGGCGCUCUGAUUUUGGGGAGCACAAGCCAACCUUCAUACCGGUCUCUGUCAUUAAAAGAUCGACUGUUGGUUAAUUUUACUGUCAACAAUAGAAAGACUUACUUUAAAAAAAAAAAAAAACACUUUUGUGAACAUUUCUGUUAAUCUCCACGGGUGCAGUGGGGGCAGGUGCUCUGACCCCGCGAGGCCCAGGGAGGGUCGGGGACUUGCUGAGGUCCCCCAGCAGAGCUGCGGUCGAUUCUCACAGAUCUGAUGGAGGAUGCAACACCGGAAGAAGAGCCAGGGCUGCUCCGUCUCGCUCUUCCCUGCCCCGCCGGCCGCAGGGUAGUGAUUGGUUGCCCAUGGCUGCAGGUUCCCUCGAGCCGGGCCCGGAAGUGAGCAGCAGCCAGGUCCCUGAGGCUGGCCGCAGGCUAGGAGCCAGCAGAGGGCCGUAGAAAGCAGCCGUGGUGGAAGUGACGUCUGGGCCCCUGGCGUGGGGCUCAGAGCCACGCCUGGCCUGGUUCCCCCACCGUGUCAGCCCUAAACACUGCCUUCACUUCAGAAGGUCAAGGGGGUGGGCUGUGGCCAUGACGUUGCAGACAGCGUUAGGAACACGACUUUGAUGGAUGGUACAGUGAGUUUUGGAAAGAGGAAGAAAAGCAGUUUCCAAGCUUUGAGAAAAAGGAACUCUGUUUGAAAGAUUUGGUGUAAGAAGCUGUCAAAUAUGGUUUUCACUCUGAUGGUACUCGGCUAAGACACCAGCGCCAGCUGCCCCUGGCCAGGAGUCUAGUUUCCUUGGGGGAAGUCUCGUGGAUUUGACAUGGCUGCAGAGGACACGGCCUCGACCCGGCUGGGGGCCGGGAGGCAGCACCUCCGUCCACUGAAGAGGAGGGGCUUGGUGCUGCUGAGACUCACGGCCAUCGUCUUUGCUGUGCUUGUCUUUUGUGAAUUUCUAAUCUAUUACCUAGUGAUCUUCCGGUGCAGUUGGCCUGCAGUGAAAACUCCCGCGGAUGCCGGUGGACUCGGGACCCCUGAGCCUGUGCUCAGGGCCAUGUUCUUGGCUGACACCCACCUGCUCGGGGCUGUGAGAGGCCACUGGCUGGACAAAUUACGGAGGGAGUGGCAGAUGGAGCGAGCCUUCCAGACGGCACUGUGGCUGCUGCAGCCUGAAGUCGUCUUCAUCCUGGGAGACGUCUUUGACGAAGGGAAGUGGAGCUCCUCCCAGGCCUGGGCGGACGACGUGGGGCGCUUCUGGAAGAUCUUCCGACACCCGCCCCAUGUGCAGUUGAGGGCCGUGGCCGGUAACCAUGACAUCGGCUUCCACUACCAGAUGAACACAUACAAAAUAAAACGAUUUGAGAAAGUUUUCAACCCUGAAAAGCUGUUUUCUUGGAAAGGAAUUAACUUCUGUGUCCCAGGGACACAGUCGCCAGUGGACAGCACAGGUGGCCCAUGGCUGAUCUCCUGCCCUUGCCUCAGUUUCGUGAUGGUUAACAGCAUCGCACUGGAAGGGGACAGCUGUGAUAUCUGCUCUGGAGCAGAGGCUGAGCUCCUGGAAAUCUCUCACCGGCUGAACUGCUCCCGGGAGCAGGAGCAUCGCCCCCAAGAGUGUGGAGACAGGCAGCGGCUGCCGGCCUCGGCCCCCAUCCUCCUGCAGCACUUCCCGCUUUACCGGAGAAAUGACGCCAACUGCUCCGGGGAGGACGCGGCACCCCCCGACGAGAAGUACACCCCCUUCAAGGAGCGCUAUGAUGCGCUCUCCCAGGAGGCCUCGAGGAAGCUGCUGUGGUGGCUCCGGCCGCGCCUGGUCCUCAGUGGCCACACGCACAGCGCCUGCGAGGUCCUGCACGGGGCCGGCGUCCUGGAGGUCAGCGUGCCAUCUUUCAGUUGGAGGAACAGAAACAACCCCAGUUUCAUCAUGGGCAGCGUCACGGCCACAGAGUACGCCCUUGCCAAGUGCUACCUGCCCUGCGAGGACAUGGUUCUGACCACGUACUGCACGGCGGCCGGGGGCCUUGUGCUCCUCACGUUAGUCCACGCUGGGCUUGUAGCCUCACCUUUUCAUUUCGGUUGGAACAUGCUCAGAAAAUUUAAGACCACGCCUGGAACAAGCCUGGAACCCUUGUCUUUUUCUCACUCUUUGUUUACGAUGAGACCUGUGGUCAAGGACAGCCAUAGUCAAGGCACGGAGAUCUACAGGGAUUUUCCUUGAGUAGUUAUACAAAAUAAUAUUACAUUUCGUGGUCUGUACAGUGUAAUAAACCAGCAGUAAAACAACAAAAAGAACCUAUGAAAGGAGGCCGUUGCCUGAGCAGCGUCACUUUGACUUCAACAGUGGUUUAUGUUUGGUGCCGGGUGAACAGCUUCUACUCAAGUCAGAUGAAGCGUCUCACUGACUGGUGAGCCGGCCCCCAGUCGCCUGCACCUGGUGAACCGUCCUGCAGGGAGGGCUGCCAGCUCAUCCUGAGACUUCCCAGGAAAAAUGCUGACCAGACAGGAAGCUUCUUGUAAUCACUCCUGAGUGUUCCCGACUGACACCAUGUCCCCAACAGCCCGCCAGUGUCUGGGGAGAGGCGCCCGUCCCGCCAGCUGCCGCUCCGGAUCAGACUCACUCUCUCUCCUCUCACAGUUCUAGUCUCUAAGGUAAAAGAUGAUGAGAAAGCCGUACAGUUUCACAAGGCUGACACCUCUGCUGGCCUGUCAGGUGUCAGGGUUUCUUUCCUGGUCACCGGAUCUAUUAGGAUGUAAACUGGCCACCGCAGUGACUCUGGAAGUGGAGGGCGGUGGCCCCUGUGAGCCCGAUGAGAAGUGUGAGGACAGACUCGAGGGGCAGGCUCAAGGCCAGGGUAACUGAGCUCCCAGGGUCGGCCUCGUAGAGGGAUGGACUCCAGGGGACGACCAGGAGCUCAGACCUCGGUGGGGGGGGGGGUGCGCAGGGAGCCUCCCGGAGGGGCAUGGCUGGGCCCCGAGGGUACAGUGUCCUCCGGUUCGGGCGGUGGUCGCGGCCCAGCCCCACCUACCUGGUCUGUGGGCGUGUAGUCCACCAGGCUGACGCUGUCAAUUCUCUCCAGGAAGCUGAAAAGAAAGCCAGACGUGCUUGGGACCGCUCUGGGGACGCCUCUGGGCUGGGGGGCAGGUGUGCAGGGCCUGCACGAGCCCAGGGGGACGGGGCAGCCACGGGCCAGCAGCUUCCCGCGUUCUUCCUGGACACAUGUCUCCCCAGCAGGUCAGAGUCCUGAGGGUCCUGAUCUGUCACGGUGGGGGAGCGGGGGCCCAGGCCUCUGCCCUCCCUUGACAGGUUUGACAUGUAUUUGUCUUUCUGUUUUAUCGUCUGUCUCUCCCUCCAAACGUGGGACCCACAGGGCAGAUCUGGCUUGUUGGCCGGGUUUCCCCAGCGCCUGUGGGGCAGCCCAGCCCCUGCAUAUUUGUGGGAUGAAGUGAGCAGGGGGCUGUGAGGCCCAGCCUGCAACCGACACAGGAAGACACAGCGCUGGUUAACCAGUGAGCAAAGGACCACUUCUCGAGGGGUGGGGGCAGCAGAGUGUGUGAUGAGCGGGCGGGGCUCUGAGUGCCCCGGCGGAGCUCUCCUGGUCGGGGGUCCCUGUGGCUGAGGUGGGGCUCCGGCCCUGGGGAGAGUGGAUGUGACCUGGAUCAGGGAGACUCGGCCGGAGUCCCUGCCUGGACAGCUCGGGGUCCACUGUUCCGGAUCUGGAGUAAAGUCAUGGUGGGCCUUUCUCCCAGCCUGUGUGCCCGUGAGCUUCUGCACAGAGGGGGGAGCACCUCCACACCUCCACACAGUCCCCCUCCCCAGCCAGCACUGCAGGCCCUUGAGCUGCUCACAGGAGGAGGUGGGAGUGCAGAAGACCCCAGAGGAGCCACAGGAGGGGACCCCUGAGAGCUGAGUCUGGUUUGAAAACCACAGUGCACUCUGGCCCAGUCCUUGCCAGCCUUGCAUUUGGUGGAGUGGAGGGCACCUCAAAGUCCACCCCGACCGUCUAGCAGGACGGGAAAGGGGCAAGAAGACUUGAGUCUGUGAUGAAGGGGGAGGGGUGUCUGCCGAGGUGGGGAGGGACUCUAGACUAUAGCCCAGAAACCUGGGGGCUUCGGUGGGGAGAUGAGCCACCCCCCUUCCCUGUGUAUGGAUGUAAUAAUUUGAAGCAGAAGUGGUCUGUCCUCUCGGCAGGGACAUCUAAUAUGAGAAGGUGAUACAGAUACAGAUCAUCUCUGAUCGAAAGGGCUGGAAGGAACUGAAAAUCAAACCAAAUAUGAAGCCUUCAGCCCUGGUUAGAGGGUAGGAGGCGCCCGAUUUCAAACACGAUGCAGACAGGGUGGAGGGGGUGGGUGAAUCUAUUCAGAUGGUAAUAACGGGUUAAGUAGAAACAAUGACGUGUGGUUAACAAAAAAGACAUCAGAAGUUGUUGAAAGAUCAGAGACCGCCUUCCCAAGGACACGUGGGAGUACCUUCCUGACCACUUCCUGACCGCGACUAAGGAAAGAUAUACCAUCUG